AUCACGAUGAGACAAGCCAAACCAUCCCCUAACACGGACGACGCUGGGCCAAUUGUGUGCCACCUCAUGGGUCUCCCGGUCACGGCCGGCUGUGACACAGCCUGGGAUCGAACCCAGGUCUGUAGUGACUCCUCAAGCACUGUGAUGCAGUGCCUUAGACCGCUGUGCCACUCGGGAGGCCCCUCAUUUCAUAACUUUGACAAGAUUUGUGGUCAUAAUGCAAUUCCAAGUCAGGAAGCCAAGUACAAUGGUGUCACGUCAAACCAAUUAAGGAGAAAUGUGUUGUUCCCUCAGACUGAGUCAGUCCUAAUGAAGUGUGUUAUUGACAUUCAGAUUCGACUAUGGACCUGAACAGGCACGGGGCCCAAAUCUGCCUGCUGGGGAGGCAUGGAGCGAGGGUUUCUAAAACGGUGUGUGUGUGUCUGUGCGUGCGUGCUUGUGUGUUCCUGUCCAGGUGUGUGUGAUGGGUGACUGUGUGGGAGGUGUGCUGUGCUUCGAUGCCCUGUGUUUCAGCAGCAGCAGUAGUAGCAGUCAGAGGCAGCACAGCAGUCCCAGCAGCAGCAGGAACAACAGCACUGAGAGCCUCAAGGAUAACCCUGAGGACAGCCCCUGUCACAGCCCCAGCCUUGGCCUCAGCUCCAGUAAGAGGCUGAGUAAGAGUAACAUUGAUAUCUCGGCCCUGCCCAGCGAUGGACACAACCAGGCCAGACAGCCCCUCAGCAGGAAACAGAGUGACUCGUAUGAUGGAACACAUCUACUGGACAACACAGCUUCUUCAGCAG